UCUCAUCUCACAAACCAGCCUCAGGGCUCUCUCUCUCUUCUUUCUCUCUCUGGAAGUGAAGGGGAAAAAACCCCUAAAAACCUUGAUCUCGCCGGAUUUUCUUCUCCGUCAGCGACGACGGCGGGAUUCUUCUCUGUGGUUUGGGAGGACUACGGCGGAUCCGAUCUGGCCUAGGGUUUUCGUUUUCUGUGCGGAGGGAGGAGGAAGAGGAAGAGGAGGUUUUGUUGUUCUUGUGCUGAGUGAACUGGGGAAGGAAGAACGAAGAGUGAGGCCGAAUCGGAGCAGAAGAAAUGUACAAGAACCAGCUUCAAGAGCUGGCGCAGAGGAGUUGCUUCAAUCUUCCCUCCUAUACCUGCAUUAGGGAAGGACCAGACCAUGCACCAAGGUUCAAGGCUACUGUUAACUUCAAUGGCGAGAUCUUUGAAUGUCCUCAGUACUGCUCUACUCUCCGUCAGGCCGAGCACUCGGCCGCCGAGGUUGCCCUAAACGCCCUCUCUAACCGUGGUCCCCCUCAUUCGCUAGCGGCUAGGAUCCUGGAUGAGACAGGGGUUUACAAGAACCUUCUGCAGGAAAUCGCCCAAAGAGUUGGAGCCCCAUUGCCACAAUAUACAACAUUCAGAUCAGGCCUUGGUCACCUACCUGUUUUUACAGGGAUAGUAGAAUUGGCUGGAAUAACGUUUACUGGAGAACCUGCCAAGAACAAGAAACAAGCAGAGAAGAAUGCUGCAAUGGCAGCUUGGUCGGCCUUAAAACAAUUGGCUAAAGAAUCAGCAAGCUCUUCAUCGGAACCAGAAAACAAUGAUGAGCUGGAGCAGAUCACUAUAGCUCGAGCCUUGUUGAAUUAUCGCCAAAAGGAAAAAAUGGCUAUGUCAAAUCCAAAUGCUACAAUACCAUUCCCUAAAAAACUUCAAAUUCAAAGUCCAAGGCCAACUAGUCCCCAACGACCCCCUGCUCCAACAUCAAAGAUUCUUCCCUUAAUUUGCCAAAAGGCAGCUCCUCGAAGCAGAGCUCCAUUCUCAACAAAUAAAAUCUCCAUUCCACAAUCCCAAACUCCUGCAUUAGAAGGCUCGGGAACCCGCCCCCAGAAGUUCAGUGCCGGAGCUGCUCUUUCUUAUAUUCCCGUUCCGCAGUUUAGGACAUCUUGCCAUGGUAUUGCCCCACCAGUGACAAUAAGAACAACAAUGCCCGUUUAUUCUGCCCCGCCACUACCACAACCAUCGAAGCUACCGCCACAGCAAGUAAUUCGGGUCCCUCCUGUACGAAUCGCUCCACCCGUUUCUAUUAGGCAAGCAGUUCCUGUUUUUGCUGCUCCCCCAGUACGGAAGGAAAAUCCUCCUGUAGUUAGAAAAGAAGAUUUUCCUGCUGCUCCAAAAGAAGACCCUCCUGUUAUUCCCGCUCCCUCACCGCCUACUACGUCGCCUGCUGAAGUAGAACAAGCUACAACCGCAGUGGCGAACAGUCAGCAAGAAAGUAAGACAUUAGAGAACCUCGAACAACUCAAAAUUUGAUGAGGUGGACCAUUAGAAGACCACAUAGGAGAUUGUCGUAUGGUUUUGCAGUAAAGUUAGGUUAUCUCAUCCUGUCCGCACCUUAUUUUGAGUGUCAACCUUUCCUUUUCAUCUUUUUUUGCCCUUUUUUUGGUUAAAACUUGAGUUGUUGAGAGGUGGAAAAUUUAGUAUCAGCAUCCCUGCAGCAGCAAUGCCAUUCAACAGCAACUGUGUCACAACUUAUGUACUUAUAUAUUAGUAUCUUUGGGCAUGUUUUCCUA